AUGGCCUCUCUCCAAGGGCGAGAUGAAUCAUCCCCUGAAGUUCAUGAUGAGAAACCUGACAUGACCCCCGAAGAAGAGCUCGCUGAAUCAACACGCCCGAAGGGUCCGAGCGAUGAGGUGGAAGAGAAACUGCAUGGACUUGUCAAGACUCUACUUGGUCAUCUCCAAACCAGGGAAGCGACCAUCUACGAAGGGGCAGAUGCCUAUCGAAAGAACGGUAUCGACUCCGUGGAAAAGAUUAAGCGGCGUUACUUGCAUGAAAAGAAGCAACUUGGAGAAACAUGGAAGAAAGAUGCUGAAAGAUUUGUCCGCGGCUCGCGGUCAAUCAAAGCUGCCCUCGACAAGCGUGGUAAAGCGCAAGAGGAGGCUAGGCACAAAUUGGAGGAGACGCUGGCAAGACGCCGUCAUCUGUUUCAAAAGGCGACAACAAGUUUACGUGCUCUUCAUGGACGAUUGACGGAACAUCGAGAUGAAGUGAAUGAUGAAUGA